AUGUCUGACUCUGACAAAGGCGCCGCAAUUCAACACCAUGAGGACAUGGUUGAGGCACAGACGCAGAAGACGGUAGACACCGUCCACAAAGAUGAGGCAGUCAAGGUUUUGGCAGCCUACCAGGGCGAUGAGGCGUGGACUGAUGAGGAAGAGAAGAGGCUACGCCGCAAGAUUGAUUGGAGACUCAUGCCCGUUCUCUGCCUAACAUACAUGCUGCAGUACUACGACAAGGCCAUGCUUUCCCAGGCUGCCUUGUUCGGGUUGAGACAAGACCUUGGCCUCCUCACUGGGGAUCGAUACGCCAUGUCGGCUGCAAUCUUCUAUCUUGGCUUCAUUGUCGGUGCCUACCCAAGCAUGAUGCUCGCACAGCGAUAUCCCAUCGAACGAGUCGCUUCUGGCAUUGUCACAGUUUGGGGUGUCUGUCUUAUCUUGACGGUGGUCUGCAAAGACUACAGAGCACUCUAUACAGAGCGAUUCUUCCUUGGAUUUCUGGAGAGCGGCAUCAGCCCUAUGUUCAUGAUGAUUGUCGGGAGCUUCUACAAGAAGAAUGAACAAGCCAUGCGGAUGGGCAUCUGGUACAGCUGUACUGGUUACGUCUCCAUCAUCUCUCCCCUCGUCAACUAUGGAUUCGGUCUCAUCAACGGAGGUGUUUCCUCUUGGAGAUAUAUGUACUACUUCGCCGGUUCUCUCACGAUCGUGUGGGGCAUUGUGCUAGUCUUCGUGCUACCUCCCGACCCUAUUCGAGCCAAGGGCUUCAACGAGAGAGAACGGUAUAUCCUUGUCGCCCGACUCAAGACAAAUAACUCGGGAGUCCGGAAUACUCACCUCAAGGUCGCUCAGAUUUGGGAGCUCCUACUAGAUACCAAGUUCUGGGCCGUCUUCGCCAUCGCCUUCUUGUCGAUGAUUGCCAAUGCUCCGAUCUCGACCUUUGUUCCCAUCAUCAUCAACGGAUUCGGGUUCAGUACACUCAACUCACUGCUGCUCAUGAUGCCCUGCGGCCUUUAUGCUGGCACGCUUCAGCUACUUAUGCCCUACCUGGCAUACAAGUACAAGAAUAUUAGGACGUACCUGAUAUUCGUAGCUCAAUUGGGCACGGUUCUGGCAUCUCUUCUACUCUGGCUACUGCCUCAGUCAUCAACGGGCGCCCUGCUGUUUGCCGUGUACAUUCUACCGUCUGUUGGCGGCGGCUAUGCCGUACUCAUGGGACUGCAAAUUGCCAACACCGCAGGAUACACGAAACGUUCUGUCGCUUCUUCUGGUCUCUACAUCGGCUACUGUCUGGGAAAUUUUGUCGGCCCUUUGUGCUUCAAGAAGGAAGACGCACCUCGCUAUGUGCCCGGUUUCAUCGUUGUAGUCGUCACCGCCAUUGUCGCUGCCGUACUGGCCAUUGCAUACCGCCUGAUGUGUAUGUGGACCAACAAGCGACGUGACAAGGCUGGAAUCAUGGAAGGCUUCGAUCACGCGUACGAGGAUGACCUCACUGAUAAGAAGAAUAUGCAAUUCCGCUACAUUCUCUAG